AUGGGUAGUACAGUACAGGUCACAUCUUACAGUUAGUCUAACAGAGCUGCAGUGAGGAGAAUGGAAAUGGGACAAUAUGUCAACUUGUCUGCUGAUUCAGAGAGGAAUCUUUCAGAGGGGAGAGACAACUGCCAAUCAGAAACAGUAGGAUGGUCAAAAGUCUACAAGUUGGUUGGAGUCAGCUUCGGCCUGCUGUGCAUCAUACAGUCCGUCCUCAAUGUCUCUCUUCGCCUAUAUACAACUGACAUCAGCACCCUGCCUCUGGGGGAUAGCCAACCAAACAUAACAGAGCCAGAGACCGGAAACACCAGCCUGAUCAUAUCUGACCAGGGAUGCCCAAGAUGUCCCUCUGGAUGGAGGACAUACAUGUCCAGCUGUUACUGGCUUUCCGCUGAAAGAAAGAACUGGAUGGACGCCAAAGAAGACUGCAGUUCGAGAGGAGCUCAUCUGCUGAUUGUAAACGAUGACGUGGAAGGGGAUAUUCUCUAUGUUUUUGGACCUGAGCGCGUGUGGAUCGGUUUGAGCUAUCAACAACAAAGGUGGACGUGGGUGGACGGAAGCAUUCUCUUAAAUCCUGAGAGGCGGCCGAGAGGGAAUCAACGUGGAAACUGUGUCGUUGCUGUCCAAGACUCCUUCGUGACCUUCACCAGCGCUCUGUGCAGAGAGUCACAUUCUUGGGUGUGUGAGAUGGAGCUGAAGUGAUACACCAGCUUGGGCAACUUUAAAUAUGUGUCAGAAGCCGUUUAAUCAUUAAGUUACACAUCGACAAACACGGUUGCACACAUUGUCACACACACACACACACACACACACACACACCACUGAACUAUUGUAUAUAUUCAUUUCAUUCAUUGUUGAUUUUUUGAUAUUUAAUCUCAUUUCUCUCCUGCUGGUUGUAAUCUAAUGACACGUUCUUUUUAUUGCUGUAUAUUAAACGGGGAGGGAGAAAAAAAAACAUGUAUGUUGGGGUUGGACUGUUUAAAGCUUUAUCCAUCUUUUAAAAUAAAACCUUUCCCCUGCUUGA